CCACCCCACCCCGACCCCCACCCGCGUGUGCUCAAGUCCUCGCCCACCGAUGACCGUUGACCAUGACCACCCCUCGCCGGACGAGACGCUGAUCGAGUCCGGCAAGGUUGGCGCGCCGGGCGACGUGCCCGCGACACAGCAGCCCGAGGAGCAGGCAGCCUCAGCCUCGCCGCCGCCCACUCCCCAGGCGGCGGACCCCAGUGCCACCUCCACUGCGGCUGACGAGCAGCCCCUCUUCACCAAGGACGGCAAGGCCACUCAGCACCAUCCGCAAUUCAGCAGCCUGACUUUUGUGCAGAUCUUCGCCACCGGCACCGUCAUUUUGUCACCCUUCAUGUUCGGCUUCCAUCUGUCGGCCCUCAACACCACGGCAUAUGCCAUGCGCUUCUGUAGCAUCGACAAGAUCAAUGGCCUGCCGGCGUGCUUCGACGUCUCCGAGGCCGUGUGGGGCACCAUUCUGGGCAUUUUCUCGAUUGGCGGUCUCUUUGGCAGUAUCCCCGCCGGCUACCUGAUGGAUCGGUACGGUCGGAAGACCGUCCUGAUCGGCAACACGGCUCUCUAUGCACUUGGCGCUGUGCUUCAGUCGCUGGCCGUCGAUGUGACCAUGCUUGCAUUUGGCCGUUUCAUCGCCGGCCUGGCCGCCGGCAUCGCUCUUGUUGUUACCCCCACGUACAUCGGUGAGACUGCGCCGAUCAACCACCGCGGCACGCUCGGUGUCUUUAGCCAUCUGGCCAUUACUCUGGGUCUUCUUCUGUCUAGCAUUCUCGGUCUCUUCAUGGCCACCACCGAACUCUGGCGGUGGAUGCUUUCUUUCGGUGCCUUUGUGCCGCUGCUGCAGGCCAUCGUCCUCCCUCCCAUUGGUGUUGAGUCCCAUGUCUGGCUUUUGUCCCGCGGACGGCGCGACGAUGCCCGUCGGUCACUGAAGCGGCUGCGCUCUGCCACGCACAACCUCGAGCGCGAGUUGGACUACGUGGAGAAGGACCUGGCGGCGGCUGCUGCCAAGUCCAAGGAGAGCAUCAGUCUCAUUCAGCUGUUCCGCACCCGCGGCAUGCUCUUCCCGCUGCUCUUGGCCGUGGUCAUUCUCGUCACCCAGCAGUUGUCCGGUAUCAACGCCGUAUUCUUCUACUCCUUCUCCAUCUACAGCCGCCCGUUCCCGAAUGAUGCGGACAAGAUUACGGCCGGUGUCUCGGCCUUUUACUUCCUGGCCGUGGCCGGGACCAUUACUGUGGUCGAGCGCCUUGGUCGCCGGCCGCUGCUGCUGACUUCGCAGAUUGGCAUGAUGCUUGUGGGUGUUCUCUUCACCAUUGCCUUCGGUCUGGACGUGACUUGGCUGCAGGUUGUCUGCUGCUUCCUGUUCAUCGCCUUCUUCGCGGUCGGUCUCGGUCCUCUGCCCUUCCUCAUCCUGUCGGAGAUGUUCCCUCCAAAUGCCGUGUCUUCCGGAUCGGCCGUGGCCAUGGCCACCAACUGGAUCGGCGCCUACAUCGUGGCCCAGGUGUUCCCCCUCUUCGCGGAGCACUUCUUCGUCUACUCCUUCCUGCCCUUCGUUGGGUACUUGAUCUUCUCCACUGUCUUCAUGUGGCUCUACCUGCCGGAGACUCGUGGCCGCGAGGGCGAGGUCAACUUCCGGGCGAUCUCGCGCAUGCGCGGUGGCGGAUGCGCCGCCGAUGGUGGUCCUGACCCCGGUGACUCGGUCAUUGUCAUGGAGAAGGUUGACGGCAGCGCGGCGGCGUCCGUGUCCGCCGCUGGCCCGGAGGAUGGUACCUCAACCCUUGUUUAAUCCCGAAAAGAGGCAUCCAGGGGGGAGGAGGGGGGGGGGGAUAACGAGAGGGGCAAGCACCGGACGGCCCCCGCGAUGGGGGGAUCCUCUCUGCUCAGGCCGCUCUCCCUCUCUCCCCCCCCCC